AUGUUUAAAUCCGCAAAUUUCGACAAAUUAUUGGGUAAUCCAUUGAGUGGUGGUAUUGAUUGGGAUCUAAUGAUUGUGAUGUUGACCACAGACAGGGCCACGAGUCUCACCAAUUUGGAGCCGGACUGGAACGCCAUCCUCCAGAUCUGCGACACCAUCCGACAGAAUGACGUCCAACCCAAGUAUGCCGUGAACGCCAUUAAGAAGAAGUUGUACGCAACGAAUCCUAACGUCGAGCUCCUCGCCCUUCAGGUGUUGGAGUCGUGUGUGAAGAACUGCGGCACCACUUUCCACGUGGAGGUGACGAGCAAAGCCUUUAUGGAGGAGUUGAGGGAUAUCGUGAAGAUGUCAUCGGACACGAAGGUGAGGGACGAGGUGUUGAAACUGAUUCAGGUGUGGGCGCACGCCUUCCGCAACGACCCGACCCAUCGCGCGGUCGCCGACACCGUGAACCUCAUGAAGAUCGAGGGCUAUAAGUUCCCGGUGCUGAAGGAGUCGGACGCCAUGUUCGCCGCGGACUCGGCGCCCGAUUGGGCCGACGGCGAGUGCUGUAACCGAUGCCGCACUCAGUUCUCGUUGGUUCAGCGCAAACAUCACUGCCGUAAUUGCGGACAAAUCUUCUGCCAGAAGUGUUCGGCGAAGAUAUCGACGAUUCCGAAGUACGGCAUCGAGAAGGAGGUCCGGGUGUGCGACGACUGUUACGACAAAUUGAAUAAAUCGGGGAAACCGGCGGCCGAUCAGACGGCGGUUAAGGGGGUGUCCGGCGGUUCGUCGGCCGAGUCGUCGCCGUAUAGCGGAGUGAAAGCCAAGUCCGAGAAUCCAAACCAGAAAAGCGAGCGCGAGAUCCAAGAGGAAGAGGAGCUUCAGUUGGCGCUGGCGUUGAGUCAGUCGGAGGCCGAGUCCAAAGAGCAGGAGAAGAGGCGCCGUUCGCUGUCGGCGACCACUCCAUACAAUUACGAGUUCACGGGACUGGGAGGCAAUACGCCCGCACCGAAGCCCUCGAGUCUCAAAACGAGCGCUUCGCCCAAAAAGCUGGAGAAGUCGGUGUCGAACCCCGAAGUGAGUGAUCCCGAGCUGUCCCGGUAUCUCAACCGCGACUAUUGGGAGUCGAGAGUCAACUAUAAUAUGGACGACUUGGAGGCCAUUAGGCCGACGCCGAGCGCUCCGCAACCGCAGCCCAUAUUAAACCUGAAGCGCGUGAAUAUGACGGCAAACAUGAGUCCCGACGUAAGCAAACCGAAAGAGAAGAUGGAGAACGGGAUUGAGAGCGAAAUGGAGUCGUUCCUCAUUUCGCUGAAGUCGGCGAUCGAGAUAUUCGUGAACCGAAUCAAUUCCAAUCAACUGAGAGGCCGGCCCAUCGCCAAUGACAGCGCCGUUCAGUCGCUAUUCAUGAACAUAACGAAUAUGCACUCGAGUUUGUUGGGGUAUAUCCAGCAACAGGACGACUCGCGCGCCCACUUCGAGGGCCUUCAGGACAAGUUGGGACAGAUCCGGGACGCGAGGGCCGCGUUGGACGCGCUGCGCGAGGAGCAUAGGGAGCAGAUGCGCCGGGAGGCCGAGGAGGCGGAACUCCUGCGACAGCAACAGAUGGCGCAGAAGUUGGAUAUCAUGCGGAAGAAGAAACAGGAGUACCUUCAGUACCAGCGAGAGAUCGCAUUGCAGCGGAUGCAGGAACAGGAGAGGGAAAUGAUGUUACGACAGGAGCAGCAGAAGUAUAUGUGGCAACACCAGCAGCCGGUGCCCCAAUCCAUUCCGCAACAAACGCAAGUCCAUCAACCAGUUCCACAACAGGCACCGCCGCCACCACAGCAGCAACAGGUCUGGCCGUCGGUGCCAACGGGACAACCCGUCACUUCGAGUUACGGCCCGUACCCGACCACCGGAGCUCCCGUCACUACCGCUCCCGUGGGUGUACACUAUGGCGUCAUUCAAACCAAUGCUGCGCCCAAUCCGCAGAUGUACGGACAGCCGACACCACAUGCCGUGCAAUAUCCGCCGCAACCACUGGCCCAACAGCAGCCACCGCCGCAUUCACCACAUGCCGGUGCGAUACCACCGCCUCAGCCAAACCUAAACGCGUACGACAUGCAACGGAUGACCAAUGCUUUGCCGCAGCAAAUGCAGGGCCCGGUUAUGGCGCCUCCACCCGCUCUGCCGCCACAACAGCAACCGAUGCAUAGCCCGACCCCUCAGCCACAACCAGUUCCUGAGGCGCCGCUAAUAUCUUUCGAUUAG